UAACCGGCACGGAAACGUACUUAACACAUGAGCGCAAGCAAAUGAGUGAAAUCAACCCUAAAGCAUGCGUUGCUGAUAAGCCUCGAGGCGACACAUACACGUCACAAUUCGCUCCAAAAUACACAAAAAAAAAAACAUUAAUUACUGAACAAUACAGGAACAAACAGCAAUACCCAAACACUGACAUGCACACACCACGUACACAUACAUAAACACUGAGACGUGCUCCGCGAUUUCCAGUCAAAAUAGAAAAAUGUUGCUAAAUCUCUUUGAUCGGUGAGCAUUAGUGCCGCUUGACGUAGUCAUCCUUCCGAUUGGUGAGCGGUGGUGUGGUGGUAGAGCAAUCAGCAGCAUGUUUACAUUCCAGUCUGCGGACUAAACAACCCCUCGGGUGUAUAAAAAAAAAGGAUUUGGAAUGGCGCCGCCACGACCGACACCAAUAUUAAGAGGGUUGUUGCUGAAUUCGAGUAAAAUUACCGAAUAUGAACGUUUUGGAAUUGCAUAAAACUAAUGAGCGCCCUUAACUGCUGUUUAGUUGGUUAAGAAACGCGAUACGGGAAACAAGUCACAAAUCAUAAACAAUAAAACGCAAACGAAAAGUGUCGAAAAUGCAACAAUUUUGUCGUCAUUUUCACUUGAUCUACUGAAAUCGAGUCAUCGAAAAACCGAGUAAAAAGAACCCCACCAAUUUUUAGUGCGCCAAAGUACAAACGGUACAAAAGAUCGGUACUAUUUUGGUUAAACGAAAAUGUCCUCGUGUUAUAGUGGCUUCGAUGAUCGUUCGUUUGAAUUCGAUGAUUCUUCAUACGACAGCGGCUAUGAGAAAAGCUUCGAAACGGAUUGUAAUUCUACAUCGCGUAAGCUUUUCUUUGAUAGUACUACGGAUUUUUGCAGUGCACCUGAAAGACGACUAACAGCCGGUGUAAUCAACGCAAGUUUCGAACAAACACAAUUUGUAGGCUUAUUCGAUAAUAACAGCAAUCACAGCAAUCGCAGUGCACUUACACUUGUCGAACAUGUUAUCAGCAAGGCAACGCCUGCUGAUCUAUCGGAUGAGGAUGGUUUUUCACCCAAACUUGGUGAACAUACAUCGACACCAACCAAAAAUGCGGGAAAAAUCGAACAAACAACUGAACCAAAACCAAAACGGAAAUAUGCCGUCGGUAAAAAUCGUGUAACACGUUCGCGCAGUCCUUCCCAAGUCGUUCGUAUAAAGAAAUUUAGACGCAUGAAAGCGAACGAUCGUGAACGGAAUCGUAUGCACACCUUAAACGAUGCAUUGGAACGUCUCCGUGUUACAUUACCUUCACUGCCGGAAGAAACAAAACUGACAAAAAUCGAAAUAUUACGCUUCGCACACAAUUACAUAUUUGCACUGGAACAAGUGUUGAAGAGUGAGGGCACCAUCAAUCUUGACCUGGAAAGAUUACAAAAUUUUACGUUAAGUGGGGAGAGAAUAACAAAGGAAUUAUUUGACGCGUUGUUUGUAAAUCCACAGCCAUAUCCAAUAUUAGGUAUGGGUAUGGGCGCAGGAAUGGGCAUGGGCAUAAACUAUAUGAACAUGUCUGGUCGUUUACCAUAUACUGGUGCACAACAUUCUUACCAACAACAUUUCGAGCAACAACAACAAAUGCAUGCACAACAACAUGGUGUAGAACAGCAAAUGCUUGGAUAUAAUUGCUAUGAUCAGUGCAAUAACGUGCGCCAAUACAACGAUUUACAGCUGCCACAUAAACAAAACAUGCCAGAUCCUGCCACAUCUCCUCACUUUUCAGCAGAAAAAUAUGAACUAUUCAAGAGUACCUUCGAGGCAGCUGCAAAUAUACGUAACACUAAUUGUAGUGCUUAUAAUGAACGUUUUUCUACCUCCGCUGAUAAAACUGCGGGCUACACGCAUAUACAAUCAAAUUCUCCUGCCUCCUAUGGUAUGCCACAUGUGGCUGUGAAUGCACAGACUACUAUACACCACAUGGAUACCCACGACAGAGCAACAAUAUCACCAACAUUCACCAAAAAUUCAACAUUGCAUCACAACAGCAGUUUUUAUUCUCAAACGCCACCUUGGAAGGAUUACAACGAGCAGCUCAUCAAUACCAACAAUAGUUAUGAGCAAUAUUCAGCGGUAUAGCAUAGGUGUGGAACUUCAUAUGUGUGGUUAUGUCUAGUAUUUAAGUGUUCAUAUUUAUAAAGUCUAAAGAAGGGGUUUCGAUAGUUUAGCUUUAGCGAAAUUUUUCGUCAGUGAUAA